CACCGUAAACUUCCGGGUUACGUCAGUGAAAUCCGGCUGCAGGUCGAUGUAGUAGUGUGGAUUAUUGGGACACGUACAUAUGGGGCAGAAUUGACCGCUUGUCUAGCACGAGGACUUGUGCCAACAUAUGGAGUACUUGAGAGCGAAGUGCGAAGACGUAUUUAGUGAACCCGGACCUUUGCGGUAAACCUAGGACACAGAGGAAAACGACAACGUUGCAAAUCUAAGGAACGGGCCACGGUAUUUAGGACAUUAGACGGCCAUUUUCUUUCCUUUCAGGUGUACCAACCGCAGCGGUGUCCAGCUGAACUGUAUAAAAGCUUUGUUGUGGUGGAUGAUUUUCCGGUGUGUGGCUGUGAGGUGGACUGUUUCAGGCGCAGCCGGGCAGACAGCGAGGGCGGAGUGACUAGGAUCAGGAGGACUCUGAUACCAAAUGGAGCUGUUACUAGUGAAGGGCCUGUGUCUGGGAGGAACCAUCUUCGGCCUCUUCCUCAUGACCAUCAUCCCGCUGAAAUGCGUCGCUCGGCCACAGACAGACUUCGGACAGAGGCAGCGGCGGACGUCACGCGCGCUGGGUCUGAUGUCGUGUUUCGCCGGCGGGGUUUUCCUGGCCACGUGUUUCCUGGGCCUUUUGCCGACGGUCAGGGAAAAGGUGGAAAGUGCCUUGACAAUGAAGGACAUUAAAGUGAACUACCCGCUGGCCGAAACGGUCACUAUUGUUGGUCUGCUUCUGUCUGUAUUUGUGGAGCAGGUUGUUCACACCUGUCAGAAGAAACCCCAGAGAACAAGUUUACUGAAGAUGGAGACUCUAGGCAGCAGUAAACAGACGAGUCGGCUGGGCAGAAGUAGCGAGUCUGACUCGGAAAGCGAAUCGUCAUCAGACGCGGAGCAGCAGAGUCUACGGUACAGCACGCACAACGGCCACCUGCAUCACGACCACUUCGAGGGCGUGGGGGACCUGAGCUCGUUUCGGUCAUACGUGCUGCUCCUGGCUCUGUCUGUGCACUCGGUGUUUGAGGGACUCGCCAUGGGUCUCCAGGAGGACAUGGGUGUGUUUAUAAACCUGUACAUCGGAGUGAUGAUACACGAGUGUCUGGCUGCGUUUGCGCUGGGAGUGAAUCUAGUGUCAGCUAACAUGAAGACUCCCACUGUGGUGAAACUGGCCCUGCUGUUCUGUGUGAUGGUCCCGGCAGGCAUGGGCGCAGGCAUGGGCAUCCAGACCCAGCCAGGGUUUGUAACAGCGGUAAUCAGCGCAAUCCUACAGGGUCUGGCCGCCGGGACGUUCCUUCACGUCACGUUCUUCGAGAUCCUCGGGCGAGAGCUAGAAAAGGACGGGGACAGACUCCUGAAGGUUCUGUGUCUCACCGUCGGGUUCAGCAUCCUGGCUACUCUUGCAUUCGUGCUGCAGAGGUAGAAUAUUGUAGGUGGUACGAAGUUACCAUCAGU